CCUAUGAAUAAAUAAUGAAAAAAGGUUAUUUCAUGAACCCUAAAUAAAAUACACCUUGACCUCUAAAAUCAUAUGUAUAGUGUAAAUAUGUUAUCACAUAUCGCUACGUAAUCAGCUAUUUGAUACGGCUUAAAACGAGAGAAUUAAUGUGUACAGUGUCAUUCAAACAUUGGUGUCGUUUCGGUGUUAACUAAAUCCACAAUCCCAGAAUGUUCUACAUCCUCUUAGGAGUACUUCUAGGUGUGGUAAUCUACAAGUUAAUUCAACUUAGCAAAUUCUGGGAAGACAAAAAUGUCAACCACGAACCAACGUGGCCCAUCGUUGGUAACAUGGGUGGAGUACUCCUCCAAAAGCAACACACGAUGGACCUAAUCAUAGACCUGUACCGCAAACACUCCCACCGAAGAUACGUGGGAAUAAUGCAAUUCACCAGACCCGUCUUACUGAUCCGCGACGUCGACCUUAUCAGACAAAUAACCACCACGGACUUUGACCACUUCCACGACCAUUACAAACCCCAAAACGACCCACUAUUGUCUAAAAUCCUAAUCAACCUAAGUGGUCACCAGUGGAGACAAAUGCGAGCCACUUUAAGCCCGGUCUUCACCACCAGCAGCAUGAAGAUCAUGUACCCGCUCAUGACAGAGUGCGCCCAUGACUUCGUCGGUCAUUUCCGGGGCAAAGAACAAGUAGCCGUCGAUAUGAAGGACAUUUUUUCGCGGUUUUCCGUCGACGUGAUCGCGAGUACCGCCUUUGGUACCAAAAUCGACUCUUUAGAUGAACCCAAGAACGAUUUCUUCAAAAUGGGCAGUCGGUUGGAUCAAGGACUAUACAAAUACGUGUUGUCUAAGCUACCAUUCCUAGCUGAGAUUGCAGGUGCUCAAGUGUUUCCGAAAGAUGUUAUCGAGUUUUUCCGGUCGGUUAUCAAAGAUAAUAUUGAUAAGAGACGGAACGGGGUGGUGCGGCCCGAUUUGAUCCAUUUAUUACUAGAGGCGCGAAAAGGACACUUGAAGUCGGACUUCGGUGAAGAUAAACUUGAAGGGUUCGCGUCAGUUGAAGAGUCCGAGGUUGGUCGAAAUGGUCAACCGAAGGAACUCACCGAUGACGAUAUUGUAUCUCAGGCGAUGUUGUUUCUGUUCGCUGGGUUUGACACAGCUUCGACUACUUCGUGCUUUUUGGCCCAUGAACUUGCGAUUCAUCCUGAUAUUCAGGUCAAGCUUCAAGAGGAAGUUGAUGGGGUUAAUCGACAAUGUAACGGAAAAAUUCCUUUUGAAACUUUGUUGUCGAUGAAAUAUCUUGACCAAGUGGUUUGUGAGUGUUUAAGAUUGUGGCCACCAGGGUUUGAAAUUGAUAGAAUCUGUACUAAAGACUACACAAUCCAGCCUAGAGCGUCACACGAAACCGAAGUUGUCUUAGAAAAAGGUACUUCGAUUUUGAUACCAGUGGUAGGGAUACACCGGGAUCCUCGGUACUACCCGAAUCCCGAGAAAUUCGAUCCUGAAAGGUUCAGUGAUGACAAUAAAGCGAAAAUUGUGCCUGGGACCUAUAUCCCGUUUGGACUAGGACCGCGAAAUUGUAUCGGUUCAAGGUUUGCCCUUCUCGAAAUAAAAACCCUAUUUUUCCACCUCCUAUCAAAGUUUGAUAUUGUACCUGUCAGAGGUACGCAAAUUCCAAUCAAACUGAGUGCGAAGAAGUUAAAAUUGACACCCGAAAGAGGGUUCAGGUUGGGGUUCAAACCCAGGAAGGGUCCAUCUUACUAAGGGAUCAUGGUAGUGUAUGGUUCAAACUAUAUAAUACUCGUGUAGUUACUAAAAUAAAGUCUGUUUUCUAUUUAUAAUAAGGUACUACUUACGUCAGCUUGGACGUCAAGUAACAUAAAAUUUUCAUUUCA